AUGGCUGCGCUGCACGUCGGGGAGCCCCCAGCGGAGCCGCCCGACUUCCCCGCAGGCAGGUGGGCGGGCGGUGGUGGGCACGGCCUGGCCUCACCCGUCCUCAGGGCCCUUCCUCCGGCGGAGCCGGGCCGGCCGCCCGCGGGCCGGGCCGGGGGUGCGGCGGAGCCGUCGGAGAUGGGGCCGGCGGCCUCGCAGCGUCGGAAGCGGACCAGCUUCACGGCGGCGCAGCUGGAGACUCUCGAGCUGGUGUUCCAGGACACCAUGUACCCUGACAUCUAUCUGCGGGAGAAGCUGGCCGACGCCACGCAGAUCCCCGAAUCCCGCAUCCAGGUCUGGUUCCAGAACCGACGAGCCAAGUCCCGCCGCCAGCGGGGACCGCCCCACCCCAGCUCUGCCGUCGAGCCGUCGCCGGGCUACCCGCGGCCGCCUCGCUUCGGCCCCCUACGGCCCCCGCAGCGGCCCCGCUACGCCCUCUCCAGCCUGACCCAGCUGGUCCAGAACAAGAGGGGCACGGCCCCCCACGAGUGGUCGCCGGUAGCCCCCUUCCCCCCGGGUCCCGGCUUCGAGCGCUUCCCGCCCAGCCAGCCCGGCGGCGCCGGGGCCGCCUCUUUCGCGGGGCCCCCGGCGGCAGCAGCCCGCCCCUGCCCGCCGGCUCGCCCCUUCUGCGGGCAGUACUCGCCCGUCUCCGACGCCGAGGACACCAGCGGCUACUCGGGGUCGGGCUCGGAGUGGGAGGAGAAUGCCCUUUCCGCCUUCCGCCUUCUCUGA